UGGUCAUGCGCGCGCAUGCGCCGGAGCAUGCGCAGAUAGUCUAAUAAAAAUAUAUAAACACCGCUCAGGAAACCUAGUGACUUACGCAGACUACAGCUCUACCUUGUACCUUGUAUCUUGAUUGGACGGGUUCUGCCUCAACUAAGUUUUCUACUGAAAACACGGCGCCUCUUUCACAUGGCAUCCAAGGACAGUGUUGUUGCUACAAAGCAGAAGCAAGAUGUCCAAAAGCCAACUCCAAUGGGACUGGGGAUAAGUACUAUGAAACCCAAAUUUCCCCAAUAUGCGCUUCCAUCAAAGAGACAGGAGUCUUUUACUGAGGCGUCCAUCCCCUGGCCACAAGAUGCCCCUGUUGGUGUAGAGAAAUUAGUCGAGGCAGGACUCGUUUACACGGGCGUGGGAGACAGCGUUCGUUGUUAUCAUUGCGGAGGGGGGCUCCGAAACUGGGAAGAGGGAGAUGACCCGAUGGAAGAACACGCCAAGUGGUACCCGACCUGCCAGCAUGUUCUCAUUGCCAAAGGGAAGACAUACAUCAGGAAGGUGGAAGCCGGUGAAAAUCCGAAAACUGAUAGUGUUGUUGAAAGAAAAAAGCCAGAGCUAAAGAAGGAAGAUCCAUUUGCUGUUACUUUCCAAGCCCUGGCAGAAUUUGGUUAUUCUGAAAAUGAAGCAAAAAUUGCCCUUAACAUCUUUAAAAAAAGAAAUGGUUCUGAUGCUCCGUUUAAAGCCGCAGAUCUUGUCGCAAUUUUGAUGGAAAUUGAAGAUGAUCCGGAUGUGCUGAAUGAGUACAAUGUCACUGACACGACCGAGAGCAUGCAGCAGCUUACCACUCAAGAUACAGAAGCUAUGGAUGACAUUGAAGCCCUUGAAGAGGAGAACCAGAAACUGAAAGAAUCCUCCAUGUGUAAGAUCUGUUUGGACAAUCGGGCAGAUGUGAUAUUUCUGCCCUGCGGGCACAUUGUUAGCUGCCCACAGUGCGCCCCAGCCCUCGACAGCUGCCCAGUAUGUCGCAAAUCUGUUAUGGGACUUGUAAAGGCAUUCUUUGCCACUAAACAUGAUAGGCGUGAUGAAGAAGAAGACUUUGCAGAUUAUUGAACUAAGUUCACUUAACAAAGAUUUUGUUUUGUAAAAAAGGGCUUACUCAGAUGCAAGUUUUGUUUUCGAUGAAACUUGAUCGCUUAUCAAACUUGUGCACUGUAAUGCGGCCAAAUAGGGUGCUCAAUGUAGUUGGGAGUGGAGGAAUCGUUAGCUGCCCACAGUGUGCCCCAGCCCUCGACAGCUGCCCAGUAUGUCGCAAAUCUGUUAUGGGACUUGUAAAGGCAUUCUUUGCCACUAAACAUGAUAGGCAUGAUGAAGAAGACUUUGCAGAUUAUUGAACUAAGUUCACUUGACAAAGAUUUUGUUUUGUAAAAAAGGGCUUACUCAAAUGCAAGAAAUGGUUUUGGUGAAACCUAAGCGCUUAUCUAACUAAAUAGUAUGCUCAAUGUAGUAAGGAGUGGGAGAGACUACUUGAAUCUCAUGUGCAAUAUUCCUUAGAACUGAGAUCAGAUUAAGGUGCUAUCAUCAUUGCUGAAAGUACACUGUCCAUUUGUAUGAAUAGUGGGAAAUUGCAAGACAGCUGUAGAAAAUAAACAGUUCAAUAUGAAAAAGGCAUAGUUUUGGUUAGAAUAGUGACACAAAGGAGUAACUUCUUGUAUGAUAAUAUUUUGAUUAAGACCAUUUUCUUCAAAAUAAUAUUGUACAUAUAUUUAUGAAAAUAAUAGUAUCUUAUAAACCUGAUUAUCUAAUUAGAACUACUUUUUUAUAAUAUUAAAAACAUAUUUUAUUUGUCAGAUUUAUAACAAACAGUUAACCUAUGAAAAUUAAACUAAACAUACCUUGUGACUGAGCAACUUUUAAUCAUGAAUGGCUUUGGAAUAACCUGUGUAAAUGAUUUUUAGAGAGUAACAUGUGUUUUGUGAUUUUUCUUUGUGCAGUUAAAUACUAAUUUCAUUUGUUCUUUUUUUUAGCACUUUUUCAAUUUAUGUAUAUAACAAAAAAAUUGUUUCUUACUGUGAUAUACAUGGUCAUUGUUUUGUUUGAAUAAAAAUAUAUAAUAGUAA